ACUAUACCUCCAACCCCUCUCUUCUCUUCUCUUCUCUUCUUCCUCCCCCGGCAAAAGAAAAGUAAACCAACCGCCACUCACCGUUUCUCAAACCAUGUCUUCUCUUCUUCACUCUGCUGCCGCUUCCUCCUCCGCCGCCGCCACCAAACUUCCCGUGCCGGCAUCCUCCUUCUUCCGACCCCUGUUUUUCCCUACCGGCCUAUGGUUGAACGGAGAUUUUUUUAAGGAAAAGAAGCUUCAUUCUGAUACUCGCGGGAGAUGCAGUGCCAUAUCCCAAUCUCGUAUCCAAGAAUACGAAGCCGACGUGUUUCAGCAAAAUGGUUUGCCGGUCAUAAAGUGGCAGGACGUUGUGGAAGAUGACAUGGAACACGAAACUCUCAAGGACAUAAAGAAACGGGUCAAUACGAUCAAAACCAUGUUGAGCACCAUGGAAGAUGGAGAGAUCAACGUCUCGGCAUACGACACUGCCUGGGUAGCUCUGGUUAAAAACAUCGACGGAAGUGACCGCCCGCAGUUCCCAAAAAGCCUCGAGUGGAUCUCCGACAAUCAGCUCCCCGACGGCUCGUGGGGAGACGCCCUCAUUUUCCAGGCACAUGAUCGCAUCCUCAACACCCUGGGCUGCGUCAUCGCUCUCACCUCCUGGAAUUUACACCCCGAUAAAUGCGCAAAAGGGAUGAAGUUCUUCAACGAGAACCUGAGGAAGCUGGAAGACGAGAACAUGGAGCACAUGCCCAUCGGCUUCGAAGUUGCUUUCCCUUCCCUCCUCGAGCUAGCCCGCCGCUUGGACCUCGACGUCGCCCACCAUUCCCCUGUUCUCCAGCAGAUCUACGCCGCAAGAAACAUCAAGCUCAAAAAGAUCCCAAAGGAAAUUCUGCACACUGUUCCAACGACACUGCUCCAUAGCUUGGAAGGAAUGGCGGAGCUGGAUUGGGGAAGGCUUCUGAAACUGCAGUGUGAAGAUGGGUCUUUCCUCUUCUCCCCUGCCUCCACUGCCUACGCACUCUCCCAGACCAACGACCAAAAGAGCUUGGGAUACCUUAGUAAAAUCGUCCACAAGUUCAGGGGAGGAGUCCCAAAUGUUUACCCGGUGGAUCUGUUUGAGAACAUAUGGGCCAUUGAUCGGAUGCAACGCUUGGGAAUUUCAAGAUACUUCCAACCUGAGAUAACCAACUGUGUGGACUACAUUGAAAAACACUGGCAUCAUAAGGGAAUUUGUUGGGCCAGGAACUCUGAGGUCCACGACAUUGAUGACACUGCCAUGGGAUUUAGGAUCUUGAGAACCCACGGCCGUCAAGUUUCUCCUGAUGUGUUCAAGUACUUUGAGAAAGAUGGGGAAUUCUUCUGCUUUGCCGGACAAUCAAAUCAGGCGAUCACAGGGUUAUUCAACUUGUAUAGAGCGUCUCAAGUGUUGUUUCCGGGAGAGGAAAUCCUAGAGAACGCUAAAGAAUACGCCUACAAGUUUCUAAGGGAGAAGCAAGCAUCAAAUGAGCUUCUCGACAAAUGGAUCAUUACCAAGGACUUGCCUGGAGAGGUGGGAUUAGCAUUGGACGUGCCGUACUAUGCUAGCUUGGCCCGAGUGGAGAGCAGAUUCUUCAUCGAACAGUACGGCGGGGAGGAAGAUGUCUGGAUUGGAAAGACUCUCUAUAGGAUGCCCCUUGUGAACAACAACGAGUAUUUGGAGCUGGCCAAGAUUGACUACAACGAUUGUCAAGCAAUGCAUGGCGUGGAAUGGGACAACCUUCAAAAGUGGUACGAGGAAAGUGGAGUGGGGAAAUACGGGGUGAGCAAGAGAAGCCUUCUGUGCGGCUACUACCUGGCGGCGGCCACCGUGUUCGAACAAGACCGCCCACUGGAACGGCUGGCAUGGGCCAAAACCACCGUGCUCCUCCACGCCGUCCGCUCUCACUUCCGCCGCCACAGCAACGACGAUUCCAGCCACCAGCGGGCUGCCUUUGUCCGCGAGUUCGAACACGGUAUCGGCGUCGUCAACGGCAGGAGAUCGAGCGAGGAGAAGAAACGACAGGAGCUGGUCAAGUUGGUGUUGGGAACACUAAACCACAUCUCGCUCGACGCCCUGGUCGCUCAUGGUCGGGACAUUGGUCACUCCUUGCGCCACUCUUGGGAAGAGUGGCUGGCGAAAUGGGAAGAGGAAGGAGACGAGGGAAUUGGGGAGGCAGAGUUGCUCGUCAACACACUCAGCCUGGCUUCUGGCCGUUUGAGCUCCGAAGAGUUGUUAGCCGAUAAGGACGAUCCUCUGUACCAAAAGCUGGCCGAGAUCACUAACCGAGUUUGCCAUCAGCUUGCCCAUUUCCGCAAUGCAAAGGAAGGGGAAAGUAAUCACAGCAGCCUCCCGACGACAACCCCAGAAAUAGAGAGUGGAAUGCAGGAACUGGUGCGUAUGGUGACACAGAAUGAUGAAGGGAUCAAAUCCAGUCAAAUGAAUAAGCAGAGAUUCCUGGAUGUAGCCAAGACAUUCUACUACUCUGCUGUUGUUGACCCAGGAACCAUCAAUCACCACAUUGCCAAAGUGCUCUUUGAGAGAGUGUACUAGAAAAAACAACAGCUGCAGGUCCAUUGUGCAUAUCUCUCUCUCACACACACAAGUUCUGGGAAAUCUCAGUUUAUAAGUUCAUUCAGAUUCCUGUUUGUAAUCAAUAGCCAUCAUGUUAUCAUGUUGUAUGACUUGCAAACUUGUCAUGUAAUUAAUCCGUAAAUCGGUAAAGCACACUAGCUAAUAGUUAUGGUGAUAUAAACAUUUUUGUUUUUU